CUUGGAGGCGGUGACCCAGGCAUCUGGGGAGCCACAGAAGUCGUACUCUCUUAAACCCUGCCUUGCCCCCCCAACCCCCGCCGUGGACGUGACCCCUUUUGCAUCUCAGUUGUUUGGUGAUGGAGGCGUCUUUGGGGGUGCAGAUGGAUGAGCCAAUGGCUUUUUCUCCCCCGCGUGACCGGUUUCAGGCUGAUGGCUCUGUUAAAAAAUACGAGCCGAAUUUUAAACUUUCAGGCAUUAAAAAAGAUAUUGAGAAGCUUUAUGAAGCUGUACCACAGCUUGGUAAUCUGUUUAAGAUUAAGGACAAAAUUGGAGAAGGCACUUUCAGCUCUGUUUAUUUGGCUACAGCACAGUUACAAGUAGGACCUGAAGAGAAAAUUGCUCUAAAACACUUAAUUCCAACCAGUCAUCCUAUAAGAAUUGCAGCUGAACUUCAGUGCCUAACAGUGGCGGGGGGGCAAGACAAUGUCAUGGGAGUUAAAUACUGUUUUAGGAAAAAUGAUCAUGUGGUUAUUGCUAUGCCAUAUCUGGAGCAUGAGUCCUUUUUGGACAUUUUGAAUUCUCUUUCCUUUCAAGAAGUACGGGAAUAUAUGUUUAAUCUGUUCAGAGCUUUGAAACGCAUUCAUCAGUUUGGUAUUGUUCACCGUGAUGUUAAGCCCAGCAAUUUUUUAUAUAACAGGCGUUUAAAAAAAUACGCCUUGGUAGACUUUGGUUUGGCCCAAGGAACCCAUGAUACAAAAAUAGAGCUUCUCAAAUUUGUCCAGUCUGAAACUCAGCAGGAAAGUUGUUCACAAAACAAAUCCCACACAAUCACAGGAAACAAGAUUUCUUUGAAUGACCCAGCACCUAAGGAGCCGGAUCAACAGUCUACCACAAAAACUUGUGUUAAAAGACCCUACACAAACGCACAAAUUCAGAUUAAACAAGGAAAAGACGGAAAGGAGGGAUCUGUAGGCCUUUCUGCCCAGCGCUCUGUUUUUGGAGAAAGAAAUUUCAAUAUACACAGCUCCAUUUCACAUGAGAGCCCUGCAGUGAAACUUAUGAAGCAGUCUAAGACUGUGGAUGUACUAUCUAGAAAGUUAGCAACAAAAAAGAAGGCUAUUUCUACAAGAGCUAUGAAUAGUGGUGUGACGAGGAAAUCUGCCAGUUCUUGCCCAACUAGCCUGCCCUGUGACUGCUAUGCAACAGAUAAAGUUUGCAGUAUUUGCCUUUCAAGACGUCAGCAGGUUGCCCCUAGGGCAGGUACACCAGGAUUCAGAGCACCAGAGGUCUUGACAAAGUGCCCCAAUCAAACUACAGCAAUUGACAUGUGGUCAGCAGGUGUCAUAUUUCUUAGUUUGCUUAGUGGACGAUAUCCAUUUUAUAAAGCAAGUGAUGAUUUAACUGCUUUGGCUCAAAUUAUGACAAUUCGAGGAUCCAGGGAAACUAUCCAAGCUGCUAAAACUUUUGGCAAAUCAAUAUUAUGUAGCAAAGAAGUUCCAGCACAAGAUUUGAGAAAACUCUGUGAGAGGCUCAGGGGUAUAGAUUCCAACACUUCCAAAUUAACAAGUGAUACACAAAGGUCUGCUUCUCAUCAUCCAACUUUUUCAGAGAAGACUGACCAUAAAGCUUCUCCCCUCAUCCAAACACUUCAAAAACAACACUCAGGGAGUUCAUUGUAUAACAGGGACAGUAAUGGCUGUGGGGGUCGUUUUGAUGAGUAUACCACCAAUUUAGAAGGCUGGGAUGAGGUACCUGAUGAAGCUUAUGACUUGCUUGAUAAACUUCUAGAUCUAAAUCCAGCUUCAAGAAUAACAGCCGAAGAAGCUUUGUUGCAUCCAUUUUUUAAAGAUAUGAGCUUGUAAUUAUGGUUCCUCAUUUAAUAUUUACUUUUGUGCAUUGUGAGGUGGAGUAAAAAAGAGUUCUGUGUAAUGGC